UGCAACAGAAAGCCCUCAGUUCAAAACUAAUACUAUUAAGACUUGGCCUGUUAACCUUGUUAAGACUUCAUUGAGCGAGAAUAGAGGGAAAAUAGCAGGUCCCUGCCAGACAAAGACCCAUAUCUUCUUCCUAAAAACUCACAAGACAGCCAGCAGUACAAUCAUGAACAUUCUGUUCCGUUUUGGAGAUUCUCGUAACUUGACAUUUGCCUUACCCAUCUAUGAAUUUCCCCAGUUUAUGUACCCCAAUUUUUUCUAUUCAGAGUAUGUUGAUGGCUUCUCCAAGAAGAACAAGAAGGAGUUUCAUAUCAUGUGCCAUCAUAUGAGGUUCCAACUCGCUGAGGUGGAAAAGGUGAUGCCCAAUGACACGUUUUAUUUCACUAUCCUACGGAACCCUGUCUCUCAAAUGGAAUCAUCCUUCUCGUACUAUAGGGGAAUGGAUAUCUUCUGGAAACCUAAAAGCCUAGAAGAAUUUCUGAGCAACACUUCUACGUAUUAUAAUAGAAGCAGUACAAACAGCCAUUACGCCAAGAAUUUCAUGACAUUUGAUUUGGGCUUUAACCACAAUGGCUGGGAAUCCGCAAAGAACUUUAAGUUGAUAUGUCAGGCAGUGGAUAUCAUGUUUGAUCUGGUGCUAAUUUCAGAGUAUUUUGAUGAAUCUUUGGUGCUUUUGAAGAAUGCUCUUUGCUGGACAUUUGAUGAUGUUCUAUCAAUACCUCUUAACAGUAGGAGUAACAAAACAAAAAAAUCCCUCUCUAAAGAAAUCCAGUAUAAAAUUCAGAGCUGGAAUCAGUUAGACUGGCAUCUUUACGUAUACUUUAACAGGACUCUCUGGAAUCAAGUGGAGAAGUUUGGAAGGAAGAGAAUGGAGCAUGAAGUAAAGGAGCUUCGGAGAAGGAGGGCCGAAAUAACUAAAUUCUGCUUCCAAGGUGAAGUGGACCCAGACAAAGUAAAAGACAAGUUUCUGAAACCCUUUCAAGCAGGAAUAGCCAAGAUCCUUGGUUACAACCUAAAGCCAGGACUGAAAGACGACGACAAGGAUUUUUGUCAGAAACUGGUUACCCCAGAAUUACAAUACUCUAAAUUGUUGUGGAAGAAGAAGAGCCAAACGCAUAGCCCUCCUAAAGGAAAAGAGAGUAAAUCUCCUCUUAAACAAAAAGAACGAGCAUAUUCCUACAAGAAUCACUCAAAUUCCACAAAUUACUCGUAG